GAUUCUGAUAAUUUGAUAAAGAAUGCAUGUAUAAAAGACGAUUAUAUCCUAAACUAGUAUCGUUGAUCCAAAACCAGCCGAGCCAAAAAAUGAAACUGUUCAUCGCCCUCGCCGCCCUCGUGGCCGUGUCAGUCGCCGUGCCCUUCAAGCCGGCAGACAGUCUGGAUGCCGAGCUGGACGCCAUCGUCGCCGCCAUCCAGAGCCCCAACACCGACCCUGCCACCGCCGCCCUUCUGGAACAACAGCUCCACGAGAUCAUCGCCGCCCUCUCCCCCGAAAUCGUCGCCUCCCCCAUCCUCGUCGAAGAAGAGGCUCAAGGACCCCAAGUGCCCGAUGUCAUCCCCGAAAUCAUCAACAUCCCCGACUUGGGAGAACCCAGCCCCAUCGUGGUCCCUACCCCCGUCGCUCCCUCCAGCUCGGCCCUCGUUCAGAUCAUCGUGAACGUUAAGAACUCCGCUGAUGUCGGCGUCGCCCCUAUCGUGCCUGCCCCCAUCGUGGUUUCUCCCAUCGAGGCUUCCCCCAUCCAGGUUGUGGAGGAAUCCUUCGACAACAACCCCAUCGAGGCUUCCCCCAUCCAGAUCGUGGACGUCGCUCCCGUCCCUGCUGAGCCCGUGCUCAUCGCUGAACCUAUUGCCCCCAUUCCUGUUGUCAACAUCCCUGGCAUCGGAUACUAAACGACUUUAACUGGGCUGUAAAAGGAAUGAAUUAAGAACUUAGUCCACUGGAGUGACUGGAGGAGUCUGGAAACGUUACUCAACACCACAAAUCACAACUUCUUUAUUUUUAGUAAAUAUAUUUUAAUGAUUUUGUAAAUA